AUGGGGGCUUUCGAUACCACCAUUGGCAUUCUCCUUCUUGGUAUCUUCUUCAACACUUACCUGUACGGUCUUGUGUCAUGGCAAUUCCUGACGUACGCCAACACGAAGUUCAAUGACCCGUGGAGAGUCAAGGCAGUUGUCGGCUCGCUAUUUGUCCUCGAUACGGUGCACACCAUUGUGGGCGUCUACAAUGCAUGGAGACUCUGCGUAGCGAACUUCGGCAACCCUGCGGUGAUCCUGACUGUUGGGUGGGAGAUUCCCUUUACGGCUAUAGCGACUUCUUUCGCUGCGAUCAUCACCCAGUUCUUCCUCGCUGACCGAGUGUUCCGCCUCACGAAGAGCUGGGUGCUCACCGGGACAAUCUGCACCCUAAGUCUCGUCGGCUUCGUCUCGGGUGUUGUUGCUGGGAUCCGUUCUGGGAUUAUACAGGAUGUUGCCGGCUUCGGUGUCCUCGCUCCGCUGGUUAUCUGCUGGCUAGGUUUCCAGACAGCCGCUGAUUUGUCUAUCACAUUCGUUCUUUCUUGGGCUUUAUACCGAUCCCGGGGCGGUAUACAGAGGACUAACAGGAUCCUCAACCGCCUAAUCCGCGGUGCGGUGCAGACAGGUCUCUUCGCAUCCAUCUUCGCACUCGGAGACCUCUUCGGAUUUUUGCUGCAUCGGCAGACGAAUCUGUAUGCGAUGUUCGCGUAUCCGAUAGGUCGCAUCUAUACGAACACCCUCCUGGAUACUCUCAACGGCCGCACAUCCUUAGCAAGCAUGAACGGCUCUGGUGUCGAGUUUGAUACAGAGAGCAACGGUUUACGAUUCCGAGGAACCACCAGAUCAGCGUUGGAUACCAAUGCCAAUAUUCGGUUGCAGCAAGUACACGUCAUGCGGGACGUCGUAACAAUCACGGAUGCCGAGGACACCUCGAAACAUAGCGAUGAUAAAAUGCAUCGACCAGACGAUCCUGCAGGGGUAUUUACUCAUAGUACGAAGGCCGUGUGA